GGGUUGGAAAGCUACAACAACCUCCACCAUAACCAGGGCGGGAAGCCGUUAUGUUAUUUUGUUUCAGGCCACAGCUUAGUGCCAACUUCUCUGUUACCAAAAUUACAUAUGACAUGUCAUGGAUAUUUUGAUAAAGUGCCAGUAGUGUAUCUUUCUUUAACUGAAACUAAUAAGCUUGGUGAAUGAAACAGAGUGUAUCUCCAAAUAACUGAAUUGUGGUAUUAUUGUCAAUGUAAGCUACAUGCUGAGUAAUUUGUGGCAUCAUAAGCUACCCUGCCAUCCCCACUACAGCUCGGUUGACGCCCUAAACCUCACUUUUUGUUAAGUUUUAUGAUGUUUCUGUUGAAAUUGGAACUGUGAAGUGUUUUUUAACUGAAAAAUAAAAGCAAGAACUAGAAACCCUGUAUAUUUUCUUCGGUGCCCCAAUUAAAAACAGAGAGUGGGGUAGGGGUCUUAGACAGGACUUGCCUCCUCACUGUAUUAACUCACAUUUCCUUUUCUCAGAAACUAUUAGGGCACACUAACGUGGUACCCACAUGAAUGUGCUACUGCAGCCACGCUAAAAGAUAAGAGGAACCAUAAUCCUUCCUUCAGUUUUAACCUGUUUUAUUUGCUAGAGCUCCAAAAUCAUAAUCCAUUUCAGUGACCUAAACACAGUUCAGUUAUCAUGCAUCCCUGCUUUACUCCUAUAACAUGGAGCACACAUGCAGACAACUGUGGCUGAGACUGCUUUUGCCUCUGGGUGCUCCCCUUUCUCUGCUGUUUCCACUUCCACCAAAGUAUCAUGAUAUUUAGCAAAGGGGUUUCAAGCAUUUAGAUAAAAGUUGAAAAUCAAAAACGUGUUGUUUCACUUAUAUUCCACCAUUAGUUUCUGUAGAUGUAGUUGUAAAGCACUUGCAGGUCUUUCUGUGGUGAUUUCUGAAGAAAUCCAGCAGCCGUGGUAAGCUGAAAGGCCUCAUGGACAUGAACAGUUAGAGAUGCUGCAGCUGUUUUGUGUUAUUGUUGCCUUUAAACUCCACACUGUCAUAUAAACGCAUUUGGAUUUGUAGCUUAUCUUGGGGGAUGGGACUGUUUCUGCGACCAAGUGCUCUGUAGAAAAUGCAUCCCAAACGCAACGUGAUGAACGUCAACUACAAACUACAUGCAGCUUUAUCCCUUCUGUGUGCUCAGACAAUGUUUAAGAUGUUGUUGUUGUUGUCGCUAGCUUGCUAACUCAGCCUGUAUUUCACCUUUGAAUUCUCAACCACGUCGCCAUCUUGCAAGGCAGAUUUUCAGCGUAGACCGGGGCGCUAAAAUAGCGUGCUAAUUAAACAUGUUACCUUGCUGUAUCCAAGUCAUUUGUACUCACCUCAUGUUUAGAAAAUAUACCGACGGGAGAGAAAGGUUUCUCCGGACAGAAAUAUGUGUCAAUUGUUGAUUGUAAAUCCGCGGGUUGCGAGCUCUGGACGACUAAGCAGACCGAAGGCUGCGCCGCAUUUGUCGGACGAUAUCCUUAAAGGGUGAAAAAACUAAUUCUACGUCGCUAAUAUUCUAUGAGUACCAGAAACCUGCAACAAAUAUUCAAACUAAUAAAAAGGUAAAGAUAAGAUAUUGGCUCCCUAAUCAGGCGGGUAGAAAAUCUUUAAAUCAGUUUCUCUGAGAUUUAUAUUUAUAAAUUUUAUGCACCUUUCAGGAAGACAGUGUGUUACAUUUAAAUCUUCCCCCAAACGCUGUUGUGUUCCUGGUGCGUGUAAUUUUCCCCCCUUUAAACACAAAUUUGUCCUAAUUCAGGAAAUUUUCACCUACAUUGUCCAUUUCCUUAUUUAUUCACAUCAGAAAAUAACUGACCAUGAUAUAUUUGUAUUUGUUCUGUUAGUUAGAUCAUUUGAACUCAAAUGAACAUAUGUAGCGUUGUGAACGCCUAAUGAUCAAAAUAUUUUAUCCCGGAGCUUGAAUGAGAUACCUUGUUGCACUAGACCUAGUUAUUAUACUAAUUAGACUCUUAAAACAAGUCUUCUGCGAUAUAUUGUCACGCCAAAUAAAAUGUUGGGUUCUUUGCCAUAUGGAACCAUGUGUACAUUUAUAUUUUGUCCUGACACGGAAUGAAUACUGUAACGGUCAAAAUAAUGAGUGUUUACCUGAUAGUCUUCGUUGUAUUAUCCUAUCUGGUUUUGAUAAAAUGCCUCUAUUAUCGGCAUCGGCGCUCUUUAAUGAAGUCGUUGAGUCAUGUAAUGGGUGUUUUAUCAGACAGGGACACACACGCAGCGGAUCUCAGAGCUCUAGUUGUAACUGCCCAUCCGGAUGAUGAGUGCAUGUUCUUCGCGCCAUCGAUCAUCCAGCUGCUUGAUUUGAAUGUGAGCGUCUAUCUGCUCUGUUUGUCCGAAGGUAAGGAGAUACUGGGCCUUUGUUUGCUUUCAUAACGUCAAUUGAGGGAUAUGAAAUGGUCUUAUUAUUCACGUGGCUUGCUGCGACUGAGUUUCAGUUUAGCUCUGUUUACUUUCGCCUUUUUUAUAUAAUAAUAAUAAACCAUUGAAGAUGCGCUGUUUUUCCAAAAAGAGACUCGAAUUCUUCUGCAAGUUCAUGACAUGACUCUGUCAAACAUUGAGCAAAACACCACACCUACACUCUUAUGUUUGUAUUUCCAUUAUGAUCGAAAUUAGCUGUCGUGACUAAAAUCUUUCACAUCCAUAGUCAUUGGUACAAACUGGUUCUGAUGUAUCUUAAAACAUAUAUUCUUAUAACCACAUACUUAGAUAAGAUAAGAAGAACUUCGUUAAUCCCCGAAGGGAAAUUCAAUUGUCUGUUGUCUCACAUAAUAUAAUAACUUUAUUUAUGUAGCACUUUUAAAAACAGAAGUUUACAAAGUGCUUCGACAACAGUUGCAAAGCACAGAACAUCAGCACAUGAAAAUAAAGACAAAUAAAAACAAAAGCUCAGUUAAAAACAAGGCCUCCGAAUUGAAGGCCAAUUUAAUUUUUCAUAAGAAACCCAGGCAAUACAAGAACCCCACAGCGUAAAAUGAGACCACAAGGACCAAAAUAAAAACAUAAAAUAGGUAAGAAGAAGAGAUGAAAAAGAAGAGGGGGGCAGAAAGCAGGAAACAGGAUAGUAAGUAUAGAAGAGGAUAUUAAUAAUGACAAUACAAUCAUAAUAAAAUAAUGAUGGUAAUAUUAAUGAUUAAAUGGAAUAAUAAAAUUGAGCAGGAAAAAACAUUAUAAUCAAUAAAGGACCUGAAAGGUAAAAUAAGAAAAGAUUAUAAGUAAAACAAAGGCUAAUGGGAUAGUAAGUUGAAAUAAGAUAGAGGUAAAAGAGAUAAAAGAAAACAGAGAAAAGACGACAUCACAUAAAAGCAAGUCUCUAAAAGUGAGUUUUUAAAUUCAACUGUCUCUGCGCGCCUUAUCUCCUCUGGUAGGUGGUUCCAAAGUCGAGGAGCUCUGAUGGAGAAAGCUCUAUCACCUUUAGUUUUGAGCCUCGACUUUGGAACGACCAGGAGGCCUUCGCCAGAGGAUCUGAGGCUGCGAGUUGGCUCAUAAGGUAUUAAAAGCUCUGAAAUGUAGCUCGGAGCGAGUCCUUUCAGCGUUUUAAAAGUAAUCAAUUAAAUCUUAAAAUCAAUUCUAAAACUGACAGGAAGCCAGUGAAGGGAGGCUAAAAUUGGAGUGAUGUGAUGCCGUCUACUAAAACCAGUUAAUAUGUCUCUAAAAGUUAUCUAUUAUUUACACAAGAGUUUUAAAGUCUAAUGGCUGUUGGUGCAAAAGAUUUUCUGAAUCUUUCUGUCCUGCAACGAAGAGAGGGGAGCCGUCCACCACCAUUGGCCCUUUGGUCCAUCAAGGUGUUAUGAAGUGGGUGAUCCAUGUUCUUUAGAAUAGACUCCACCUUCCUUAGUGUAGAAUAAAAAAGUUCGGGGAUUAAUAAAGUUCUUCUUAUCUUAUCUUUUCUCAUCUUAAUAAUAAAUAAAUCAGAAUAGUGUUUCAGGAUUUGCUUGUGUUUCAUUAGAGGCAACUAAAUCACUCCUCAUGCUCAGUGUACUGAAUGCUGUAUACAGAGAUGCUUCUCCUAGUGAUCAAAUAAAAUCUCUGGAGACAGACUGGGAAUUAUCUGAAGGCUGAAGCUGGAUCAUCAUUGAGCUGAUAUUAAGAUGACAAAAAUGAAGCAACCAGCAUUUCUCAAAUACAGAUGACAGAAAGAAAAGAAGCACUAUGUUGAAAGAGAUAACUUCAGCAUGGACUGUAAAGCUUAAAUCCUGAAAAUGUCGGUACAGGUGGUCCUUUGUGCAUAGCCAGCAACCUACAAACUGUUAAAGCCAUACAAAAUGUUGAAAGAUGGAAUCUACUAAUCAGUUAUUGGAGGAGUGUAAACUCCUGUGAUAUGACUUUCCAGUUGUGUAAACCUGGUGAAACUUUUAAUCUCAAUAUGAUGGUUUUGGCCUGCACAGGUGCAAGUUGUGCUCUCUACAAGAAUCUCAUCCUGCUCAACAGUCAUAUGUAUCACUCCUGUUAUUUAUUUAUUUGGUUUUUAAAAAUGAAUUGUUUCAGCAUGUAGUCACUCACUUUUUUUCAAACCAAACCACCAAAGUAGUAGUUUAAGACUCUAUGACUGUCUUCAUAUACAGCCUUCAUGCUGAGCAGGUCAUAAAGGGAUUUUUGAGUGUGUUAUAGCCAGCUAAAACGUCACACAGGAGCUUUAAGAAAGCGUGCUAAGUCUUUGCAAAUUUAGUUUGCAAAUAUUUCAUAACAUUACAUAAGACUAGGAGAAAGGAAAAAAGAUAAAAUCAGUGAAUGUAGUGAACAGUUUCAUUCACAAGGUUUUCAGCUACAGUCAGUUCUGCUCAGGAAUGCUUGUCAAUAUUAUUGUUUAUAUAAUAAGACAGAAAGGCUUAAAAAAGGCACUCGUUUUUAGUGAUACACUUAGAGCUACAUAGAAACUUCAAUAUCUUGAUUCAGUCUUUAAAGUUAAAGCUUUGACCCAUGUUGCCCAAAGCUACGAACUCCCACAGUUAAGAGCUUUUUGUAAAUAACUUCUUAAAGGACAAAAAAAGAGAUUUUAAUCCAUUCAUAUUCUGUGCAGCUCUAUUUUUUCAUCUCAAGCCAGCCUAACAGAUUUUUUUCGCUGAUUAUUUUCACAAAGUGAAAUGAAAGAUGUAUUUUGAAAUCACAAAGAAAGUUUCAUAUUACCCCUGAUCUUAAUCUACCAUCAGGGUUUAGACUUGUUUUUUAGAAUGAUUUUCAGUACUGUACAUCAAAAGAUUCAUUUGUCUCAUUGUAAUUCAGGAAACUACUACAAUCAAGGGGCUCUGCGUAGACAAGAACUUCUGGACAGCUGUGCCGUGUUGGGGAUACCAGACUCCAGAGUCACCGUAAUAAACCAUAAGUAAGCUGCCGUCUUCACAAGACACUAAGUGUAUACAUGAUAAGUUUAAAUAUGUGUGCAUAUAGAGUGGAGAGCACAAAUUUAGAGAACAUGCACAUAUCUGAACAUGUCCAUUCCUGCAUUCCUGAUGCUUUAGGACCCCCCCCCCCCCCCCCAGAGUCCAUCAGAACAAAUCGAGAGUUGACCACAGAUUACGUCCAUUCAGGGUCAUUACAAGAGCUGAUCAGCCCAGUUGGAUGCAUGACCUCUGUGUCAUAACUUGUGUUCCUGCUGUUAGAGAGAAAGAGCUCCAAAAGAGAGAAAAUUCCAGGCUUACAUUUAUGUGCUCAUCCUCCUAUCAAUACAUCUCACUGCAGCACUUCGGUUUAUUUCCAUUUCUUUGAAGCCUUAGCAAAGCUGUUUUUGAUAUGUUUUUCAUUUUUCAUCUAACCUAUUUAAAAAAAUAUAUCCUAUAUUUCAUUUCUAUUUUAGAAAGAGUAAGAGGAUUAGUUCAAAGCAAAUUAGUCUCACACUCAAAGUUUGACACAGAAAUGUAAAAUUUCACGAAUGGUAGUUGAACUUUUGUUUUUUGUUUUUUCUUUAAAGAACCAAAUUAUCACCUACACCAAUCGGGUUGUUGAUGAAGAAAAUUUUGUUUUUUGUGUCGAAUGUUUUGGUCACCAUUAAAUGCUUUAAAUGAAUUACAGAAACAGCUGUAUUUUUUUAGUGUAUUAGUAAAUUUCGCAAAGUUAAACAGAGUUUGUGGACAUUGUCCUUACAAGUUUCAGCAUCAAACAAAAAAAGAGCAGAAACUUGUAAUUGUACAGACUCUUGUGGAAGUUUCUCCCCUGAUUUCUGCUACAUUUUGUUUGGUUGUUGAUGCAGCUGUAAGACUCUCAGUCUUCUGGCUCUGGCUAUUGGCAAGGUCAAGUUACAGAGAAAGUAGUGGUACAAGGUGAUGUUUAAAAGGGGGAUUUUUUUUUCCUGUGGAUCAACCCUGCAGCUUUCCUUGAAAAUGUUUAGAGUUUCUAAGAACCGCGGGGCCGCCUACAUGUGAGUCCCUACAUGUUGGCUCAGCAGGAGAGCUGUAUGAACUCUGGUACUAACCUGGAACUCACAGUAAUAAGCUGGCAGCCAGCCCAGGUUGUCUGCCCUACAGAACAUUAUUGUGUGUGUGUGUGUGUGUGUGUGUGUGUGUGUGUGUGUGUGUGUGUGUGUGUGUGUGUGUGUGUGUGUGUGUGUGUGUGUGUGUGUGUGUGCAUGCACACUUCCCAGUUUUAUCAUCUUGUGCACACAGAAUUCAGCUGAACUUUGAUCUUGGUGCUGUCUGCACUUCUGCUGAACUGGAGUGUAGCCCAUUUUCCUUUUCUGUGUAUUCUGUUGUUUGCCCAAAACACACACCUAAUCAGCACUUUGAGAGCCCCAGCCCCACUCUCACACAACCAGCCUCCCAGCCCCACCCCCCUACACCCCAACCCUCCAUCCCCUCUUGUCCAUGUCUGCUGAAGCCAACUGCCAAGGACUGUGGGAUAAAUUUUGGCAAUCCUCUGAGUGCAGCUAAUGUAGGUCAUUCUGAGCUGUUUUUCUCUUUGUGUGUCUGUACAUGGCUAACCACACUUUGGCUUUGCUUCUAACUACUCUGCUCAAGUAUGUGCAGAUGGACACCCUGGGCUUGACCUCUUGUUUUUCUCCCUGACCAUUUUAUUGUGAACAAAGAAAGUUUCUCACCUCAAGGACUCGAAUGAAAGAGAAACAAGAGCCCUGACUGCUGUCGGACAUUUAGAGCCCAAUCAAUACUGAUGUAAGGAGGGGGAAUUAUUGAUUUCAUACAUGAUGGUCAUUCUUAGUUUCAAUAAUAAUAACAAUAAAUGUAGACAUCUAUCUAGUUUGUGCAUAGAUUUUCUUACUGACAUAAAACUGACUUGUUUCUUAUCACAACACAACAACCAUGUCAUAAUGAGGCACCGCCUUUGUCAUGCUUCCACUCUACAGUGGUUCUAUUUGGCAUCACAACCCACUCACCAUACAUCAUCUGACUAACUUCCUAACAUCUAAAUAAAAAUACAAAAAUUGACACUAAGUUUUGUUCCAGUGAUGAUAUAUUGAUUUUAUAAUGGUUAAUAGAUAAAUACAGUUUUCAUUUACUUGUCUUAAUAUAUUAGCCUGCUUUGCAGUUUUUAUUAAAUUACAUUAAACUGAAAAUGGGACCAGACGCAGCAAAGCACCACACAUACAACAUGCAGCUGUGUGCUACACAAUAUAUACAGAAGACUAGAUACGCCAGCACGCAGUAGCAGCCCGCUAAGCGAUGUCCCUACGUGGCAGCCAUCUUGGCGGGGGUAUCAUUCCUAUUAAAGGCAGUGCAUGUACAUUGAAAGUCAAUCAUAUCUUGCUCAUUUCUCAACUUAUUUUCAUGCUGUUUCCUUUAUUUUCAACACCAAAACUAUUCAUUUACUAUACAUAAUAAUGUCUGCCCAGCAGGCCUAUCUCUCCACGCUCGUUUUAGACCGUGUGAAAAAGUUUUCAAGUUCCUAAUAAAGGAAGAAGUUAAUGUGUUGGGUUUAUUUUGCUGGCUGUACCGGAAAUGUACCAAAAUGAGACUCCAUAAGUGUGAUCCAAUUUUUUUUGUAUAGAUACACCCCCAUAUGCUAAUUAUCCAUAAAAUUGAGGAAAAUGCAAUCUGCAACCAUGUAACAAGUUCAUAGCUAUGCUAUAUAGUCUUCUUUAAAUGUAUCACUUAAUGAAUGGCCAGUGCUGUGAUUCAUGGGUGAACAAGCUCAGAAUCCUGAUUUAUACUCUUUUUUUUUGUCUUUAUUUCCUUACAUUGAACCGUUUUGGCUGUAAAACCUGCCAAAUCUUUAUAGAACCAGGUAACUGUAGAAGUUUGGGGUAAAAAUAGGAUCAACUGAGUUUGCAUAUUUUUUCUUCUCCUGUUUUUGCAGCUGUGAAACAGUGCCCUUGUUAGCUUUAGCAGUGUGGGAAACAACUGCUGUAUAGACCAACAGAAACAAAAUCACUGUUUGUUUGGUUUUUCUACCAACCCAUGCCGACUUUAGAUGGAUAAAGUGUAAGACAAUAAAAACUGGAGUUUAGUGCAGCUCAAAUAGAUCAUUUGCUGUGCUGAUCUCCAGAGAAAUCUCUGGUGUUUUGAAAGCUUUCAUUGUAGUCAUCAAAGAUAACACAAAGCCUAAAACAAGCACAGUAGCUAUAAAAAUGAGCUCCUUGGCUCAGGAACUGAGAUUUUUAUGAGAUUCUAUCAAAGAACCAAACAAAGAGCCAAUCCUUAGAGUUUUAAGGCUCAAAAUCUUUGCUUUGAGUUUGUAUGCCAGGCGGAGUAAGAUUGUUAUUGUUACCCAAACACAAACCAGGAAGUGUGCAGGGACUUGGGUAGUCAGCGCUGACAGUUGUCGCAACCUACUUAGUGUCCCUUCGGUUUGGUUGUUCGCUUCUUUAACAGUUAUGCACAAAAACUCCCUAACAUGAGGUUCUGUCUGAUAAUAUUGCUUCUGCUACUGUCUUGAUUCAUUAGACUGUAUGCAAUCGUGGAAGCACAAUGACAAGCCUGUAAGAAGAAGUAGACGCAUGAGAUUUGGCCUUGUUUAGGGUAAUGAAGCUCUUUCUCUUUAAAUUAUAUUAUCAAUUAAAUGUCCACUGACCCACAGUUGGCAGCAUCAUGCAAAGAUACAGCGCAGAAGAAGAGUGUCAAUGGGCAAAUGAUGCAUGAAACCAGUGCUAGGUUUUAUAUGACUGGAAAGUAGAGUCAGGGGUAAUAUAUUGAAUCCUUGAACUCAAUGAAAAAGAAAGCGUUUUUGUAAGUUUAGUAAAUGUAUGAGCAACUUUUGUGAUAGUUGUCUUACCAAAGGCUCCAUUAAAUUGGGAUUAUCUUAAUUCAAGAAGUCUGACAUCAAGCUGUCGUUAAAUUUGAGCUGUAUCAGAAAUAGGUAAAAUGUGUUAAUAUCACACUAGAUGUGAUGUGGAGCUGCAUUAUUUAAGUGCACGACCAUCACUUUUACUAUUCAGUGGAAUGCACUGGAUCCUCUUGACUUUUGUUUUUCAGAGAAAACCUUAAAUAGACUAAUUUCCAGUGAGAGGUUUAGUCACUCAUUACUGUAGCCUGUGAAAUAACAGGAAUAACACGUGAAUUCUGUUUUAAAACAGGAUUUUCCCUUUAAUGCUCACUGAAUAGGACAGCUGUGUUGACAGUAUCUGGGGCCCCAGUGCAUGUUGGGGCCUUUGUGAUCAAGCUCGAUCUGAGCACGCUCUGCUGCCUCUCCACUUGCACCGGCCUGACCUCUGUCUGCUCCCUGGACUCCAUUAGAGCUGCUCACUGCACAAAUCCAACCGUCCCACUUCUUCAUCACAUUAUCCAUCAAACUUAACAGUGAACCCCCUCUUCUCCCCUUGAGCACACGCAUACACACACACACUCACACCUCCUUUAUUGCAUACUCUUUAUUUCCAGGAUAUCAAAGUUUGGAAAAAACUUUUUAUGCAGAGGCACUGAAGACUUUUUAAUUGGCUUAGUUCAAGUUCUCUGCAGGGAUGUAAACAGAGAGUUAAGCGCUUCUCUCUGUUCUGUAUGACUACACAAUGUUUAAAUAUACAUUGAUCAGAGGUAAAAAUAGCUGCAGCUGAUUUAUAAGCACAUGGCGGGCCGCGGUGAAUAGCAGUGAGAUGUUCCAGCCUUGUCACUGACCUCUGGCUGUGCUUUUAUCUUGGGUACAUUUGUCACCAGUGCACACGCACAUACAUGCACACACACACGCACGCACGCACACACACACACUCUCAGAGCGGCUUUUAGCUUAGUCAAACGGUUGUUUUUCCCAUUUACUCCCCCCAACAGAAAGCAGUAUUUUGUCACAGUAGAUGCUUUUUUUCUGCACUACUCGUUUUGAUAACAACACCAUAAAGAUUCAUUUUCAGGAUUAUUUUCCCAGCUGCUUUUUACUUCAACAUGGAUGAAUAUUGGCAAAAACCUCCUACCACUAAUAUCUUUUAAAUGAGUUUGUUACAACAUGUGUGCGCUGGUGUUGUUACUGUAGUUGUAGCGGCCCUAUUACAGUGGGACACUGUGGGCGUUCUGUCAGUCUGCAGUGGCAUCUCAGCCGUUCCCAGCAGGACAUAUAAUCUGACUGUGUGGACAGAAGUCUGGCAGUUUCACAGGCCUGUGGUCCACGUGACCAGACUAAACAAGCCCUCUCUCACACACACACACUCACACACCCGCACAGACGCACAUACACACACACAGAAUCCCCUUACUGGGCCAAAGUUCAACCACUGCAUACAGAUGCCUGCAAGCAAUUAGACAUCCACAUGCAAAGCUACAAAGGGGGGAGCUAGGGAGGUUACUCUAGGACAUUUUGCACGGUUGCCAUAGCGAAGCUGACAGUCAGCCUACAUCCUGCCUGAGAAAGGUCAGGUGUCUUGUAUCUUUUGUUCAUUUUUCUUUUUCCUCACCCCUCCUCUUUAUGGGCUUGCUGUGUUUUUGAGCUGUGUGGCAAAAAGUCUGUAAUAAUAAAUGAAUAAAUGCAACAGUGAGAAGGCAAUGCAACGUUAAAAACAGACUUUGCUGCAGUGUGGAAAAGCUUUGACCUCAGAGUGACAUUUUCAAACUAAAUAUUCAUACAUUCAGGCCCAAGUCUCACAAAAAUACUCUUUUUGUUUUCACAGACUGUCAGUCAGACAGAGAGGAGGACAUUUAGCUUGUUUUUAUUAAUGUAAACAGCAUAUAACAAUUAAUAUGAUUCGAUGCAGGGUAGGAGUAAAAAAGUGAAGCAAAGGAAAGAUAAUUCCAGCUGUUUGUAUUUGAGGAAACACUUUCAUUUGCAGUUAUUUCAUAUCAACAGUUUAAGCUGUUUUCUUUGUUUUAGUGGUUUCUAAAGUAACAUUGACUUAAUCCUUUUUAGUUGAUUUUUGAGCUUUUAUUCCUUUAUUGAGAGGAUAGGACAGUGGAUAGCAAAGGAAAUUAAGAGAAAGAGCUUCGAAUGACCUGUAGAAAAAGGCCACAGGUUAGAACCCAACCUGAACCCCCUGCUUCAAGGACUGUAAUCUCUGUACAUGGAUGGUGUCCGUGAUCUAACUGCUAAGCUAAACCAGUGUUUUCAGUUCUACACUGAAUCAUAAAUUUGAUGACUUUGAGGUGCCCUAAAACUCAUCAAAGUGAUCAGGUCUGGAUGUAAACUUUGAUCGUUUGUGGAUUUCACAGAAAACUUUUUUACAAAGUUUCAAAGCACCCCAUUCAAAUUCAUAAAGGAUCCUCAUACAACCCCCUUCACUUACAAGAGUGAAAUUUGGCACAGUAAUCAUGUUUGGAUUUAAACAAAAACAGCUAAGGCACUCUUCCUGACUCUGAUCUAUUCCAGCUGAAAGUGUACAGGAAAAUUCAUCACUGUUUGAGGCUUUAAUAUUUUGUUCUAUUUGCUGCAGUAACUUUCGCUUAUUUAUUAUUUCUCUUAUCAUUAUUAUGACUAUUGUUCAUCUCUUUCUUGAUUAUUUUAGUCUUACUCCUCCAUGAUUUAAUGGAAUUUUCCAUUGUUGUCCUUUUUCUGUCCUUGUUUUCCAUUUCUUUGUCAUUAAAGUUGUGUCAUUGUGAAGCAUUUUAGGCUGAAUGUUUGUAUGAAUAAGAAGAACCUUAUAGAUAAUUCUGAGCCCCAAAUUUAAGAAUAAUGAAAAUAUGAAUAAAUGUCCUUUCACACUUUUUCCACCAUAGUCCACUCAAACUCCCCCUCUCUCACAGCCCCCAUGUGAUGUGUUGCUCAUAUAGUGUCACACUGGUGCAUUCACUCCAUGACAGACAGUUUUAAACUAUCUCUGAACCCCCGACCCCCCCACCCCUUCUCCCUGUGACAUACCCGACCCCCUGCCCCAGCACCCCUUACACCAAAGCCUGACCCCCACAUCACUGGCAGCCAAUAGAUUUGUGACCUAAUCCAUCACUUCCCUCUGCGAGCUCCACUGUCCCGGCUCAUUGUUAGAAAGGGAGGGGAGGGGAGCGACUGUUGACACACUAGACUUUCCAACCUCACCUCAUGCACUUAUAUUUAUACACACACACUCUCUCUCUCUCUCUCUCUUUUUUACCCCCUGAAAUGCACACCAACUUGUCAGUGAUGAUUCUGCUUGUCUUAAUAAAUUAAGAAUAAGAAUAACUUUAUUUGAUCUCCGAAGGAAAAUUCAAUUGUCAGUAGUCUCAGUUGUCAUGUGUCAAAAAGAAGUAUCUAUAUGUCUAUAUCUAUCUCUUAGAAGCCUCAAGGGUUUUGGUGGUACAGUAAGUUUAGUUUUCCUUCUUGGUUUGAUGCUUGGUUUGAAUUUCUUUUCCUUCUUCAGAUGUACCGUUUCAUUGUCAAGUAGGUCCAAACAGAACUCACAUUCACAACAUGAUCUCAAAUCUGAGAACAAAUUCUCAAUUCAACAAAAGGACAGAAAAUUGUCACGAAAACCAUAACUGACAUAAAACAAGUCACAUUUGUGAAUUGAAGAGUUCAUAGCCACAAGACGGCUAGAGUACUUGUCACAUUCAAAGACAGCUUGUGAGACAAUGACCCAAUACAAGUAUGUACCAAUAAAAAAUGGAAAGUUAAGCAGAGAAAUGCUUACUAUUGAACAAACACUUCAAAUGUAACCCUCAGGACUUUGUUUUGAGUGUGAACUUCAUGGACCAGCUCGUCUGAUUAUUUUUAAACUCCUCUCUCUCUCCUUUUAUUUUCUGGUUUCAUGACCUCAAGGGGAAUCUUAGAAAGCCGUGUUUUUAUUUUUCAAACCAAGAAUAAAAAAUCUGCCAAAAAGCGAGAGCAUGCAUGUUUAGUAGGCCAAUUCUUGUGCUGGCCAAAAGUGAUAUUUGAUGUAUGCUUCAUUCGCUCCAUGUUUCCUCCAGGCUGUAGUUUGUGAUGAACGUGAUGCUGGGGGCCUUGCAACCCUUGACCCUUGGACUUCCCAGCAAUCCCUUGUGUUUGCAUUCCUCAACAGCCUUUCUUCAAAUGCAGGGUUGAAUCUACACUUUGCACAAUGAGAUUACUCUGCCUUAAAAACACUCAGCAUCCUUAUGUUUGAGCACAAUGCUCCUGAGGUUAGCUUACAGUGAGAUAAUAUUACUGUGCUGUAGUUCAGUUAAACACAGCUUUGGUGAUAAAUUCAUGAAACUAUCUUCUUCUCUGUUGCUCUGCAGGAAACUUCCAGAUGAUCCCAAAGCAGAAUGGAGCGUCUCAUUGGUCUCCUCUCUGAUUGUAAACCACAUCAGAGAUCACUCCUUUAACAUGGUAUGUUAAGCCAUAAAACGAUAAGCAGUAACAGUGUAAGACUGAACAACAUCACUGUGUUCUCUCUCUGCUCUGAGUUGUUUCCUUUCAAAGCGGUGGCUUUCCUGUCACUUCCUGUUAGAUGUUAACACACAAGUUCCCUGCCGCUCUGUGUACAAAAACCAUGUUUUGUUGUGUUUUGUUUUUAACCAAAUGUUUUGGCACCACAGUCCUCUCGCUCAUUAUCCCAGUUUCACUGUGGUCUCUGUAAUAAUCCUGUCAGCCGCAGCCUCUUUCGCUCCAACUCAGACUGUACUCUGAGCCUCCCUGAAAUGAGAGGAAAUGGCCUCUGCUGCAGAAAAAAGUUUAGAUUCAGUUUCGGUGAUUACAGGGAGAUUCUUAUCGUUCUCAUAGUGGUUCUAAGCUAUUUGCUAAUGGGAAUGCAGCUAAUUUAGAAUCAAAGAAUUUCCAUCUGGUCUAUCUCAACGAGGGCAGAAAUAGUCCAACGCUUUGGUGAAGACAAGGUGCAGCUGCAAAAGCCAAAGAAACAAAAAUACUUUCAGGAAGGGGAUUACAUGAAGCUGGGUUCUUGAGUACUUUAAUAGCUGAUCCCUUUUUCUGAUCAAAGAUGACAAACAAACACGCCGUCUCCUCCCAUCCGGUCAGGCUCAGCAGAGGAAAAUACCUCCUGACCAAAAACUAGAACAGAGUAUCAUCUCCUCUCUGGUUUUAGACAUGCAGCAAAUCAUUUAGAUAACAAAUACGUGAAGCUAAAAAGUACAUCACUGCACGGCUGUAACACUAAAUAAUGUUACCUUGAUCUGGAAUCAUGACAUUUAAAAAAAAAUAAGUCAAAGUUCUGCAUUAUCAUAAAACAAACUGUAGAGCUGAACAGACCCCAGGGGUGAUAAAAUACAGCUCAUGUGUUUUCUGUAGCUGAAGGCACUGUGCGGAGUUUUCAACAGAGUUUGAAAAAGUUUUUCUCUGAUGCUGAUGCUUCCUCAUGACCUACAGAGUAUCAGCAACAAAAUCGCUAAAACGCUGAAUUUUAGCGCCUGUGUUUGGGUCUGACACUGAAGCAGCAUUAGCAAAAGAUGUAAGUUUACUGUUGAAGUAUUAUUUCUCACAGAAAAAAACUCUACAACCAAGACGUUGGUACAUUACAGAACAAAAUGGCUGCAAAAAAGAUGUAAUGCUUUUUGGUGUUAAACAAAUCCACCUGGUCACCUUUUGUAAGCCAAUUAAGGGUAAUAAAUCAGGGUUUACAACAUGUGGUUGAUGCUUUACAGUUAAUUUCUCGUAGCUACAAAUCUAUCUGCAUACUGCAAAAAGCUGUCUUGAACAUAGUUAGUAAGCACUGAAAACAAAGACCUGCAUUCCACUCAUUUCUUUCCACAACAAAUACACACUUUGGCAAGAGUUACAUCUGUAUGAAAGUGGGUGAUGGUGCUCAUGGUGCUCAUGGGAACUGCAGUCCUCAUCCUGGGAAAACACCUCUGAUUUUGUCUGGAUGAGUCACAAGAAUCCACUGAACAUGAAACUCUUCACAAGACCUUUUCAGGGAUAGCAUUGGAGUUAGAAGCUUGUAGCAGUAAAAAUAAAAAAUAAUAUUCACAAGUGUGUUAUUACCUGAAUAUAAAAAUCUAUUUGUUAACUGAUAUCUACAUAAAGGAGCCAUUAUCUUGCAUUGCCACCUUGCAUGUUUCUACAGUAGCAGAAAGAAUACAAACAAUUAAGGGCCAAACAACAUGGAAAAAGAAGAGGAAGAGCAGCUGUGUGGUUGUUACGGGUCCAAGAAUUUGUAUUGAUAAAAGUCUUAGAUGGUAAAAACGUGACAGUUGGAGGGUCAUACUUAUCAAGCAUCAUAUUACUGUGUAUGCAACAUUUACAUACAUACUGAGCAAUAACUCAUCAGGAAUAACAUACAAAAAUAUGGGGUCAGACAGGUGAUCUGAGUGAAUAAAAAGAUACAAGCAGAAUUACAUUCAUAGAAACAUGCAUUAAGUUUGUUCUAAGUUUGUUCUUUCCAUAUAUUUUCUAUGUUCAUAUGAAACGAGAAGAAGGAGUUAAAGAGUUCGAAUGACUCGAAAGUUACAGUGGUUUAAGAUGCAACUUCUGCCUGACUGCACACACACACACACACACACAGUUGUGAUCAAGUCUCUUCAGCUCAGAAAAUGCCAAGUCUUUAUUUCAGCACACUUUCUUUCUCCUUUGACCAGUUCCUUUUUUUCCCUUUUGAUUCCUCUAGUGUGCAAGCAGGCACACUGAAAAGGGCUUUUAAAUAUCAGUUGUCAGCUGCCAAGCAGCUCCAUAGUCAGACACAGAAACCUUUCCACUAAUCCACAAACAUUUUUUGCUUUUUGAGUCUGUGUGUUUAAAUUUAAUUUUGGAUGCCCAGAUUGAAGCCUUUCACCCACACUGUGAGGUAUUUUGUUGUUCCAGGUGCUGACCUUUGAUGGAAGAGGAGUGAGCGGCCAUGCCAAUCACAUAGCCAUCUAUAAAGCUGUCAGGUAUUGAUUUGAACUUCUAAAGAAUUUGCUUUCAAAAACUAGACUUUCUUUUUUAAAUCCUUCAACAUAAAGAUGCCAUCCUCUGGGUUAUUAUGUGGUGUGAGCAUGCACACAAAACAGCCCUUUUCAAAGUAAUAUAACAGCAUCCAAGAAUAUGCAGAGCGUUUAAACUCACAUUAACUUCCAUCCUUCCAAAUGUUUCCCCACUAAAGCGCGUGCGCACACACAACCACACACACGCACACACACACAUAGAGAGCAUGUUUUUCAGAAUCGGUCUGUUACAUAGCUGAGAGGUCAUCCAAACAGAGUCCUCAGAGGCACUGGGCUUUGCUCCCAGAGAGCAGCAGUAAAUCCUGUCCCUGAAGUGGUGAGGUGGGAGGGCAGAUCUGGUUUUGGAGAGGCCAACCAAGCUAGUUGCAUCAGACUGUGGCUUUGAAAAAAAAAAGUGUUUUUCACAGUGAUGCGUUUACUCUGCUGUCCUCAUACCACACUCAUGCCUUUAUUGUCUGCCAUGUUAGUCAUGGUGUUUCAUGGUCGUCUGUGAGCCUCAUCUGUUGAUAAGAUGAGGCUCACUCCCCAAGGUUCAUCCCAUGAUUCCCAUUAGGGUGGAAGCCAGAGGGGUUGUGCACAAGAUUCAAAGAGCAUCAAGAGUCAAACAGAUUGUUUUGGGGUUUUGUAUUUUGUCAACAUUUUAGCAGGUAUUGCAUAAAAUAAAAUACAAGUUUAGUGGAAAAUUGACCUGAAGUAGAUCAGAUACAGUUGAAAAGCAGAUAAUAAAAUCAUGGUCUUGCUACUUUAAACAAAUCUCUUAUAAUGAAUACAACCUGACCUAAAAUACAUUCAGUUUAUUGGCAGAUAUUUGACUGUACUUUGGCUGUAUUACUUCAUAGCCAUCUCUGUGGGCGUACAGUCUUCACUUCUUUCCCUUGAGUGUUGUAAUCAGUCUAAAAAACCCAAACUCUAAACUCAGCUGCACAUUUACAAGAACAAACAUAAAACAAAGGCUGACACAAAACCUUUUCAACAAGAAGCAUUCUCUGUUUGAAAAUAAUGUUUGUAUCCUUGACAUUGUUGUUUUUUUCACUUUCAGCCAUCUUGCCUCUACCGGACAAGUCCCCAAUGGUAGGUCCCAUAAAUGAUACGUUUAAUCCCAAAGGACUGCAUGUUAAUCUAAACCAUCUCAAUCUAAAACCCACUCUGGCACUCUCUUCAAUGUAAAUUGUUAUGAUGUAGAGAGUAAUGCAGUUUAAUCUUGCAUCUGGCAUAAAUAUUAAUCAUGUUCUGAAAUCUGUAGCAUAACUGUAGUGUGUUUGUCCAAUUCAUGAAUUAUAUAGAAGCCCUCUAAAACAUGUUGCAGGCUAGGAUAACUAUAUGCUGUAUAUUAAAUUGUACUGUACAUAAUAUUAUGUAUUUGUAAAUGAAUUUUGUUAUUCUGUUUCUCAUUUUUUUAGUGUUACACUGUUGAUAUGUGAUAAAACAUUUAAAAAAAACUGAUCAGAGCAUUGUAUACCAGCCAUUUCCAACCUGCUUUCCUUUAUCAUCAUCAGCCAUUGUAAUACCCGAAUUUCCAUGGUUGGGCUUUCUUUUUAAAUUCAAUUUACAGGAAUCACAGUCAAAUGUGACAGAAAAAAAAAAUCCUCAGAUGAAAGCACCACAUUUCUAGUCUAUAUUUCACUUUGACAACCCUGGAAAGUACUGAAAACACUGCGUCAGACUAUGAAACUGUGUUUUAUGAAUGCACAGCGCCCUCUUCUGUUGAAAAAGGUGGCAUGAGUCAUGUCUUUUUAACUUUCUGGGUCUGUUGGUGGAAACUUGAACGCUUACCAGAAACACCAGCUGCGAUGCAAAAGUUUCAUUUUCAGUUUUGGGGCAUUAGGAGUAAGUAUGAUGAUCAGAUUUGCAAGUCUGUAGAUUAUAGAAUCAGCGUUUCUCUCUUCUUUACAAUGUAGGUCAAUCAAACAUGUGCCCUUUUUCUCUUUCUCUUUUUUUGAUGAGUAAAAAAUAUGGAAAAAGUGUAAGUCAUUGCAAAAUAACAAAACAAGAGUAAUUCAACAAGACCCUAGAUAAGACACAAGAAAAAAUAAAAAUAAAAUACUAAUAUACCAAAGGCAGAGUCAAGAUUUGUAUACAGUGGGUAUAUGUACCUAAAUGUGUAACUAUUAAUGUGUUGUCUUUUCAUUUCCAUCUAUACAGAUUUAGUUCUGUACUUUUUGGUUGCUACUGAAGUGUCUUGUAAUGACCUUCCUUAAACAGAAGUGAAAGGAAAAGUAGGACAGAGAGGGGGCGACAUGUUACAACAGGCUGUGAGCUCAUUACUUUGUGAGUUUAGUAAACAUAAAAGCCCACAGAGUGCACAUCCAUUAAUGUUUGAAUAGAAAAUAUUACAUGAAAGCAGCAAAGCAGGGUCUCUGUUUUUAAUCAUACAUUAGAUUUCAGUUGUUGAACAACUGCAACACACUCACUUUAUUUAGGACAAAGUGGCUUUGUCCCUGGUUGUCCUCUUUAGCCUGCAGUCAGCCCUCACACAGCAGGUGUGUCAUUAUCCACACUCCUUGGUUAUAUAUCACCUGGUGUCUACACCUCACCUGUUGGACUGGUCCUGCUGUGGCCUCAAGGAGAGGUGGCAAAGAAUUAGGCCCAACGUGAUUGUGAUAAGCCUCCUCACCUGGCAGUACAGCAAGACUCCACACUCAUUACUGACAGCUUUAAGCCUCUUGUGCCUUUCAGACUAAUUCUGCAUGACUGAAACAGUAUGUGCUCUGAAACUUAAAUUGGUGCUGCUGCAAUAGGAUAUCUCAGUUUCCUUCCUCUUUCCCUUUUUUGCCUUUAUUUUAUUCAUUGUUUUUAUGAACAAUGAGGAGAAGAACAUUAUGUUGUAUUCAGGGACACUAAAGAUAAAUAGUUAAAUGAAAUAGGCACAGGUACAGUACACAAUGUUUUUGAGGCUACUUUAGAGUCUUUAAGACUGUAGCAGCCCCAUCAUUUAGUAUUUAUCCUCCAAAACCAAAGAGUCCGUUAAAUAUCCUCAAUACCCAAAAAAGAGUUCAUAUUGUUCUUCUAAUAAUAAUUUUCUAACUGCUUUUACUGAGAUCUUACUGAUUUACUCAGUGAGGCCUUCAGGAAUUUUUCCAAGAUAUAAAAAGGAGGAAUGAUUCAUCAAGAAUAUCCUUCACUUUUCUUACAUUGCUAACAAGUAUUCCGACUCCAGUCAAGCGGAUUCAAAGUCCUAAAAACCUUGCCCUCGAUGUCAUUGUUUUAUGUAACUGACAUGAGGUUUCCUUUUUUUUCGCAAGAAGCAGAACAAGCUGAAAGAGUGACCUAGAUAACUGUCUGCCCCUGAGGUGAGUGUUUAACAUAUUAACAGCUAACUGGGUCUCUGCCUGCCCCCUUUAGACUGCUGUUUGCUCUCCCUGACGACCAUUGGCCUGUUGAGGAAGUACAUCUCCUUCCUGGAGCUUCCCAUCAGCUGGCUGCUGCCCUCGUGUCUCAGAUGUGUGGUAGACUCACAGGGCUACAAGAAAGCCAGAGUAAGCUUAAUUUUUUGAUUUAGUCAUGGUUUAUAAAAGAUUGCAAAACUAGUUUAGCAUGCAGGAGAUAGUUUGCUGAUAGAAUAUGUAACAAAACACAAAAAUAGUAUUAGUAAACUGCUGGUAUGUCAAAGAAUAGAAUUCUAUAAAAAGAAUGUCUUCUGUUUAAUUUAUCUUAUGUAUGAAACUCCUUGAAAUAACUGUAUGAAACUGAGUAUUGCAAAAUGUUCUCUUUUUGUUGGCUGUUUGAAAAACCCUUAAACUACUGUAUCACAUAAUAUCAAAAUGUCUUAAAAGUAAACAAUUUACAAAUCUGCAGAGCUUUUUCUAGACAUUUUUGUGUCUAUAAAUUGCCAAAAAGAUGUGAGUCUGUUUGUGGAUGUUUAGUACAGAAGGAAGAGUUUGUGUUAGUUAUAGCAUUUAUCGUUUUUUUUUUUUGUUUGUUUGUUUGUUUUUUUCUAUAUGCAGUGCUUGGUGAGGUAACAUUUAUUUAAAAAAAAAAAAAAAAAACUAACAAACUCCUUAAACUUAUUUGCAGUAACAUUUUAUUUGUAAGUAUAUGUUUCAGCUUUUACGCUUUUACUGAGAGUAAUCGAUAGAAUUUGAUGAAAGGCUAAGAAAUGACAAAAGGCCACAUGUCAGAAUCGAAUCCAUGCUGCUAAAUUUAUGGGCCUGUAGCUUUUGUACAAGUAACACACAAAACACUUCUGAGUGAUGAUGUCUUAAUUUGAAAUUACGGCCAGAUUCCCACAUCAUUUUCACUGUUUCUUGGCUUUUAGUUGCAGUUUACUUGCCAUGUGUUCAAUAGCUUCGAAAAGGUAGUGUCAGAUUUUUUGAAUUUACACAAGCCUGGAACACACCAGCUCCUCUCACCUUUAGCAUUAGAUGAAAUUUUGCCAGCAGCAAUAAAAAAUGAUAAACUAAACUUAUUUAGGACAACUGGAACAUUGUCUGCCUUUAUAAAUGAAUGAUUGUGAUGGUAAUUUGCAGAGAUAUGUCUACUUAAAGAAAGCAUACAUGUAUUUAGCACCAACUUAAAAGGACAACGAAAAAAUGAGUGAUAAAGUUUCCUUUAUCAGUCAAAGUAAUAAACUUAUUAAACAUCAUGAUUAAACCACUGUUACUUGUUGAGUGAGAUCUCAAAAUACCUUCCUUGUUGAUUUAGACUCCUCAAACAAUCUCUUUUUUUUUUUUUUUCAGGCGGCCAUGUUUUGCCAUCGCUCCCAACUCCUGUGGUUCCGUCACCUCUACAUCACAUUCUCUCGAUAUAUGUACAUAAACACUUUCCAAAUUAUCCCACAAGGACCAAAGAACCUGAAGAUCUAUUGACACAGCAGACAAAAGGAUAGCUGCUAAGUUAAGUUAUGAACUGGUUGCUGAACCUCUCUAACUCUGUGAUGAAUGAAUAACUCUGAAAAUGUCUGCAAACAGAGAUGCACAAUUGUACUUUCACUGCAUUUUCCUCAUGCAGGGCUGAGUAUUACUUAAACAUUUUUCCAAUGAGGACUUCCUAUUAAUGUGAGGUCAGAAAUAUAGUCAUAGCACUUAAACAAUUACCAAAAACAUUAAAUACCUACUCUGUUAACUCAUUCAUAUGCACUGACUGUUCUACUGUUGUGUGUCCAACUGACCACCUUAUUAUUCUUAUACUGUGACUUUAAAGGGGUGACUGUAGUAGUCACUUUUAUAUGUUUGUGGUUUUUCUCAUAGGGUAACAUGGGGCUUCCUUAAAACACUUUAAUGGCUAAAGUAGCCUGAAUUCAUUUUCAGCACCUUCUAUGUAUCAAGCUCACAGUUACUUUGUUGUAAAAGUAACAAAGUUCCUCCAACUGUUUGCUACGCGAAGUUCUUUAUUUUCUCAGUCCUUACACUGUUUACAACAACACUAUGGUUUGAACAUGUUUUAUCUUUCUAGUCUUAAAGUUGAAAGUACUGUACAAUAUUUCUGAUAUACUGCUGAUUAAAAGGAGUUUGAUUCGCA